AUGGCGGGACUCAUCAAUUUUGAAGAUGAAGAAGAAGUAAAACAGUUUUUGGAUAAUUUGGGGGUGGAGUACAGCUUCCAGUGCUACAAUGAGAAAAACCCUGAAGGAUGCCAGAGGUUAGCCGACUACAUGGAAGGAGUGAAGCAAAACUUUGAGGCGGCUGCACAAGUACUGAAACACAACUGUGAAACAUAUAACCACCCAGGGAGCUGCUACAAGUUGGGGUCUUACCAUGUCGUAGGCAGAGGUGGUGUAAGUAAGUGCCUGAAAAGUGCCUACUCUUGCUUCAAGCGAGCAUGCGACGCCGGUGGAAAGAAGUCCAUGGACGCCUGCCACAGCGUGGGCCUGGUGGCUCACGACGGUCGGGCCAUGGAGGGUGGCACCCCUAAUCCGGAGGUCGCCCGCCGCUACUACGAGACGGCAUGCGCGGGUGGCUUCGCCCCGUCCUGCUUCAACCUGAGCGCUCUGUACAUAGAGGGCAACGCCAAAGGAGUGAAGCCAGACAUGGCCAUGGCAUUCAAGUAUGCCGAGCGCGCCUGCGAAUUGGGACACUUGUGGGGCUGUGCCAACGCCAGCCGAAUGUACAAGCUGGGCGACGGUAUCGAGAAGGAUGAAAAGAAGGCGGAGGAACUGAAGAAUCGGGCCAGGGAACUGCACGGGAUGCAAAAAGAGAAGCAGCUCAAAUUUGGAGAGUGA